AAACAUUUCCCGCAAGAAACAGCAAGCAGGCCCUUCCCUUCCACUCCCCUUCUCAUCUCAUCCCUCCCUCCCCCUCUCUCUCUCUCUUCCCAAGAAGCGGACGAAGCGCAGCGCUGCAGAUUUCGAUCCGGUUCCCAAUGCCUCCCAAGGCCGUCCUGUAGCUCCCGUCUCCGCAGCUAGAUCUGUCGCGGCACGGCGCCUGGAUCCAGUGGGCGCGUGGCCUGAAGCCCCAGAUCCGAGCAAAACCGAGCCUUUUGUGGUGACCUCUUUGCUCUAGCUCGAGAUUAGUAGCUGCCAUUUUCCCCUGCUCUUCUUGAGGAAAUUUGGGCGGUUUUAGGGGUUGGUUUUGGUUUUCCUAGAUUCGGUUUGCAUCUGCACGGUCCAGAUUUAGCUGCAUUUGCCAGUAUUGGCCUCUUCUUGUGAUAAAAAUCUAGUCUUGUUCUCUAGUUCUUGCUCCACCUUGUCCAUUAUCUUGAUUUGUUAGCGGUAAUCUUUACUGUGGACAUGGUAUUGGUGUGAGAAAACUUUGUGGAAGAUGUGGAAACAGUUCCUCAGCAAGCUGCCCCGGAAGUCCUCGGUCUCCGGGGAGCCUGGUCAGUGCAGCAAUGUCACCGGGAUACAGCGCACGAGCAGCUGUGGCAGCAUCCCGCCUGGUCGCCCGGCUUCCGCCAUUAGGCGCAUGUCAUCUGCCGUCUUUCCAUCAAGCGUCGUGGCUGGCAUUGAGCCGUUGGUUUCGUUCAAGGAUGUCCCGAACUCGGAGAAGCAGAAUCUGUUUGUGAGCAAGUUGAGCCUGUGCUGUGCUGUGUUUGAUUUCUCGGACCCCAACAAGAGUUCGGUGGAGAAAGAUAUCAAGAGGCAGACAUUGCUGGAUCUUAUAGAGUACGUCGGAUCCUGCAAUUCCCGUUUCUCGGAGCCCGCGAUUGCUGCCUGCUCUAGGAUGUGUGCCAUCAACCUGUUUCGGGCGUUCCCACCAAAUUACAGGUCUGGUUCAUCUGGUGGUGGUGAGGGUGAUGAGGAGGAGCCGAUGUUCGAUCUGGCAUGGUGCCAUCUGCAGCUUGUGUAUGAGCUACUACUGAAAUUUAUUGGAUCGUCAUCCUUGGAUGCCAAGAUAGGGAAGAAGCACUUUGAUCACUCGUUCAUUGUGAAACUUCUCAAUCUUCUUGAUUCUGAGGACCCAAGAGAAAGGGAUUGUUUGAAAACUAUUCUCCACAGGAUUUACGGGAAGUUCAUGGUACACCGUCCUUUCAUCCGCAAAGCAGUGAGCAAUAUAUUCUACCAGUUUGUGUUUGAGACUGACCGGCAUAAUGGGAUUGCUGAGCUGCUGGAGGUAUUUGGCAGUGUCAUUAGUGGCUUUGCAUUGCCUUUGAAGGAAGAACACAAAAUCUUUCUUUGGAGAGUUUUGGUUCCUUUACACAAACCAAAAUCGGUUGGUCUGUAUCUCCAGCAGCUGACUUACUGUGUGACACAGUUUCUAGAAAAGGACCCGAAGCUUGCAAGCUCAGUAAUAAUUGGUUUGUUAAAAUAUUGGCCAAUAACAAAUUGUCAGAAGGAAGUGAUGUUUCUGAGUGAGAUCGAAGAGAUCUUGGAGUCUACCAGCCAGGUGGAAUUCCAGAAAUGUAUGGUUCCAUUGUUUCGGCGGAUUGCUCAUUGCAUCACUAGUUCUCACUUCCAGGUUGCUGAAAGAGCACUCUUUGUAUGGAACAAUGAUCACAUUAUCAGCUUGAUUGCACAGAACCGCCAAGUGAUCAUGCCUAUCAUUGUUCCAGCAUUAGAACAGAAUAUUCAGAAUCACUGGAACCAAGCAGUCCUGAAUCUGACUGCUAAUGUAAAGAAGAUGUUCUCUGAGAUGGAUGAGGAUCUCGUCUCGUCAUGCCUGGCUAAGUACAAGGAGGAUGAAGAAAAACGGGUAUCGCUAGAAGCGAAGCGGAAGUUGACUUGGGAGAAGCUAGAGUCAGCUGCAGCUUUCCAGCCAGUGACCGGUCAUACAGCCGUCAUGGUAGGCCACCAGCCGUCAGCUAAUCUCAUUGCCACCCUGAUUUAGCUUGUGCACGCUGGAGAGGCAAAUGAUGCUCUUCCCCUUUUUGGUGAAGUGCAACAAGUGAAGCGUUCACUAUUUUGCUCCUUUUUUUUUUCAUUUCUUGGUAUGAGUAAUCAGUGUUGUAAGCUGUAACUAUUCCUGUAUGUUUAUGCUCUAGGCAAGCAUACCUGUAAGACUGCAGAGUGCUGACACUCCUUAGUCCUUACUUGUAUCUUUGCCUGUUUAAUGUUAUCCAUGAUCAAAUAUCCUACA